AUGGCAACAAAAAAUAUUGCAGACACGAAUAAGGCAUUUGAUCUUGAUACUUGUAAACGGACGUUAUUUUUUCAAAAGAUAAGUCCUAAAACAACAAAACAAUUAUUAGAAAAUUUUUUGUGUGAAUUUCAAAUUGAAAAAUGUUCUGUACCAGUCGAUGAAGAAGGUCACAAUAAACGUCAUGCAAUUGUGACAUUCAUUGAUGAAUCCAGCAUUACUAUUUUAAUGCCAAAGAGACCACUUAAAAUUGAUGAUCAAGAAGUGUUUAUUCAUCGACAUGUUCCCGGUCAAAAAUCGUCGAAAGAUAAUCAGGAUAUCACGACUUUGAUUGUUUCGAAGAGUCGAUCAUUGACAAAAUCUCAUAUUGAACGAUACUUUCGUAGAUAUGGUGACAUUGAUCAUGUGGAUUUUACAAAGGACAAUGACAAUACUUAUAUAAUUCAUUUCAAAGAUAAUGAUUCAGUUGAUCGAGCUUUGCUGAAUGAACCACACGAAAUAAACAAUAUUCGUGUUGACAUUGACAAAGGUCAUCGACAUUUAUCAAGUAUUAGUACAGAUUCAUCUGAAACUCUUACACCAACAAACAAUAAUAAUCAAAAUACAAUGCCGAAAAAAUCUAUCUUAAAAGUUAAAAUCGAUCCUCAAAUAUCAAGGCUUAAUCUACCGAAGCCGACAUAUUGUAUUCAUUUAAAAAAUUUGCCAACAGAUAUUGAUGCUGAAAGAUUAUCAAUUGAAUUGAAUUGGCCCAUCUAUGAUAUUCUCAUGGGAUCAUCACCUCUCAGUGAUCAAUCAUCAUCUAUGGAAUGUUGGCUAAAAAGUCCAAAUGAUCAAGUACAAAUUGAUGAAUUUAUAAAAAACUCAAAUCAAAUAAUAAUUGAUGGAUCAAGAAUUGAAUACGAAAAAGAAGAAGACCAAUUAGAAUUAUGUAAAUUUUAUCGAAUCGGUCAAUGUACAAAACGAGAUGAUCAAUGUCAUUGGGCACAUAUAAAAUGUACGGCAAAUGGUACCUGCUCAAAAGAUUGUCCUUAUGGUCAUGAUAAAGACUCGAAUAAAGAAAACUCAAUAAUAAAUAAUCAAAAGGAAAAAUAUUGUUAUGUUGAUGAAAAUCAGAAUCAAAUUGGUUACAUCAUUAAUGUAAUAACGUUCAAAUAUGCACAACAACUUAUAAAAAAAUGGCAUAAUAAAGAUAUUGAUGGUAGUAAAUUGAAAUGUCAAAUAGAAACUAACCAACAAUCAUCUAUGCAUCGCGGUUUGUCUAGAUCACUACAGUCACUUAACGAUGGAGAACGUGACAACGAUAGUCGUGGUCGUAAAAACAGACUCUCAAAAAAUAAUCACAGUGCACAAAGCAGUCGCGACUCAUCCAUGUCGAGAGAUGAUGAUCAUUCUCAAAUAACAGUACUUGAUGAUCAACAUAUCAAUUCUGAAGGUCGACUUUAUGCUCAAGCAUUUAAUAACAUGGGCAAAUCAUGGAAAAAUCAUAGUUUGCAAUCAGCAAGCUCGACAGAAAGUAUUUCAUCGUCAUCAAAUCAGAAGCCAAGUUUACCGAAUGAUGUAUCAUCCGAUGAAUGGGAAGUAAUCAAACGAGCACCGGGCAGUGGUAGAAAAGCGUUGUUUAUUGUUAGAAAAUUAGAUAGAAAAUAUAAUGCGGUUAUAAAAGUCUAUGAAAAUGAAUUUCAAGAAGAUUGUUAUCGAGAAUUAAGUGCACUCAAAAAGCUGAAAGGAGUAAAAGGUGUCGCUCAGUUAAUUGAACUAGAACAUCCAUCAAACAAUUACAAACCGGAAGCUAAUAGCAAGACCGAUUUAUGGAUUAUUAUGCAGCGCGCAAUGAAACAUUCCUUACAGUCAGAAAUAGAUCGAAAAAAAGAAAGAAAUAUUGAUGAUAUUGAAGUUUUAUCUGCUAUACAAUUCAGUCAAAAUUUAAUAGAAAUUGUUAAGGGAAUCCAUUCUCAAGGUAUAUUACAUCAAAAUCUUGAACCUGAUAAUAUCAUCAUCGAAUAUGAAUCAACAAACUCGUCUCUUGGUCAAGCUCAUUUGACAUUAUUGAAUUUUACU